CCCACAUGAGUUGAGCGAGAGAGAGCGCCAUAAAAUACAGACCAAAAAUUCACAAAAGUAACAUUUUAUAAUUUAAAAAAAGGAGGAAGCAAAAAAAAGGGAAAAGGAGUGCUGAGAUCUAAAAGAAUCGAGGGUCUCGGCGUCGGAUCGCUGGCGAUGGGUCAAGAUCAGUUCACUUUUUCUGAAAACGCGGGGAACAUUAUAAAGGAGGAGGCUGCAAAAGGGUUAAACCCAGGAGUCAUAGUCCUGAUUGUGGUAGUUGGCCUUGUUCUGCUUUUCCUCCUUGGAAAUUAUGCACUUUAUGUUUAUGCACAGAAGACUCUUCCACCAAAAAAGAAGAAGCCUGUUUCAAAGAAGAAGAUGAAGAGGGAAAGGCUCAAGCAAGGGGUCUCUGCACCGGGAGAGUAAUAGUAAGAUCGAGCUGCCUUUCACAAGCGAGAAAAUUAAAAUCUUAGAGCUAUAUUUCUGAUCAUUAGUCUAGUCUGUAUGUUACUUUCAGCUACCUUAAAAACCUACCUUGUGGGUUCUUCGUAACUAUGGUUGGUUGGAAAAUUAUGAUGGACUAGUAUUGCUAAACCUUUUUAUCUGAUCUUUUGGUUAAAAGUCAUUGUUAUCCAUACUUAUUCUA